UAUUCUCAAACCUCGGAUGCGCAUGUUAGCUGAUGGCUUACCGCAUGUCAGCAUUGUGGGCGCUCUUGCGAAAGUUGACAUAGCCUACAGCACGUGCACAACAUUAUGGAGACCAAAGCGAAAGUGGCCAAAGUGGAGGAAUCCUCUAACGGUAUGGAAGUCGAUUCAGCAACUUCAAAUCAUAUGGAUGAGAGCAAGGAACCAUGUCAGAAGCAACCUUCGUCUACGACGCCGGAUUCCAAACCUUCUGCCUCUGAAAUGACAAGUGCUGAUUAUUAUUUUGAUUCCUACGCUCAUUUCGGAAUCCAUGAGGAAAUGAUCAAGGAUGAAGUACGCACAACAACAUAUCGCAAUGCAAUGUAUUACAACAGGCAUCUGUUUCGUGACAAAGUUGUUCUUGAUGUUGGCUGUGGCACUGGGAUUUUGUCCAUGUUUGCUGCCAAGGCUGGUGCAAAGCAUGUCUAUGCUGUUGAUUUCUCCUCUAUUAUCGACUAUUCCAAGCAAAUAAUCAAGGACAAUGAUUUUGAAGAAGUCAUCACCCUCAUCAAAGGCAAAAUUGAAGAAGUUGAGCUUCCCGUUGACAAGGUUGACAUCAUUAUCAGUGAAUGGAUGGGCUAUUGCCUUUUAUAUGAGUCAAUGUUGGACACUGUGUUAUUUGCCCGUGAUAAGUGGCUGAAACCUGGUGGGCUGUUGUUUCCGGACAAGGCGCAACUGUAUCUCUGUGCUAUUGAAGACAGGCAGUACAAAGAGGAUAAAAUUUAUUGGUGGGACAGAGUUUAUGGGUUUGACAUGAGCUGUAUCAGGAAAGUAGCCCUAACAGAACCUCUUGUGGAUGUUGUUGAGGCCAAACAAGUCGUCACUAAUUCUUGCUUAGUGAAGGAAAUUGAUUUGCAUACAGUCAAGAAAGAGGAUUUGUCCUUCAAUGCACCUUUUCAGUUGUACUGUCGGAGAAAUGAUUACAUUCAUGCCCUUGUUGCAUUCUUUACUGUGGAAUUCACACAUUGCCACAAAAGAACAGGAUUCUCUACUGGUAAGUCCAUUAACACCACAUUGUGAAGUAGUCAUGAA